AUGAGCAUGGAGGAUUAUGACUACCUGUUUAAAAUCGUUCUGAUCGGGAACGCCGGAGUUGGGAAGACAUGCCUCGUACGCCGCUUCACUCAGGGCCUCUUCCCGCCCGGACAGGGGGCGACGAUCGGGGUUGAUUUCAUGAUUAAGACAGUGGAAAUCAAGGGGCAGAAGGUGAAGCUGCAGAUAUGGGACACGGCGGGUCAGGAAAGGUUCCGCUCCAUCACUCAGAGUUAUUACCGCAGUGCCAACGCCCUCAUUCUCACCUACGACAUUACCUGCGAGGACUCCUUCCGGUGCCUUCCCGAGUGGUUGCGGGAGAUCGAGCAGUAUGCUAACAACCAGGUGGUCACUGUUUUAGUUGGUAACAAGAUCGACCUGGUCGAGAAGCGGGAGGUGGCGCGUCAGCGGGCUGAAGACUUCGCCGAGUCCCAAGGCAUGCUGUAUCUGGAGACUUCCGCUAAGGAAUCGGACAACGUGGAGAAGCUCUUCCUGGACUUGGCCUGCGAGCUCAUCCGCGAGGCCAAACACAACAAGCUGGACAACAAUGACGCGGCGCCCGCGCCCGGCGAGGGCAAGACCAUCAGCUACCUGAGCUGCUGCAGCCUCAACUAG